AUGGCGGACGAAGAAGACGAAUCAGUUGAUGAAUGUAUGAGUGCUUUUGUGUCGAUUGUGUCAAAUAUUAUGAUUGUAGUUUCCAUGUUAAGUGAGAUAGUUACCUGUUUAAUCGUGCAGCAACAAAUACAACAAAAUAUAAUGAUUGGUCAAGCUGCUAUGAAAGGAAAUCGUUUUAUAUUAAAGGCAAAACGAAAGUUGACUUUACGAAGAAGGGUUCGGUCAUGCUGGAAGAAACCUGGACGAACUGAACGGUGGUGUACCAAUCUAUGGCAAGGUCGUCUUCAUGAAGAAGAGUGGAAUGUAAAUCUUC